CCACAAGUCAGAAAUCCUGCCUGGAUUGUAUUUUGUCUUUUUCUCUGAGGCGUAGAUUUAAAGAUAGGUAACUUAACAGCUGGGGAUGAAACAAACACACCAUAUUGCUGGGCGCGGUCGCUCACGCCUGUAAUCCUAACACUUUAGGAGGCCUAGGCGGCAGAUCACCUGAGGUCAGGCGUUCGAGACCAGCCUGGCCAACGCGGUGAAACCCCGUCUCUACUGAAAAUACAAAAAUUAGCCAGGCGUGGCGGUGCACACCUGUAAUCCUAGCUACUUGGGACGCUGAGUAGGAGAAUCACUUGAAUCCGGGAGGCGGACGUUGCAGUGACUCGAGAUCCUGCCACUGUCCUCCAAUCUGGGCGACAGAGUGAGACUCUGUCUCAACAAAACAAACCACCAUACUGUGGUUCCGAUGACCUGCACCUUGUCAGAGGGGUCACACGCCUUGAAACGUAACAGUCACAUGUUCUAGGUUCCUGUGUACACUGGGAAUACGUAACUCAGGGGUUCUGGGAAAGGGAUUUCUCAGAACUUAAGCCGGGAAGUGAUUUGAAAACUUCCAGUAUCACUCCCUCUAUCCUCUCAGGAAGUAUUUUUUUAAGCCACUGAGUGAAUCACCCUUGAGUUGCACAAGAAGGAAACACCGCAUAGAGUGAAAAAUGACAGCAAACUGCUGAGGUCACUUCCCCAGGCCCACUGAAUGAGAACAUCAGUUCCUGUGCUGGAGAGAAAGGCAGUGAGAGGAGAAAGUGAGGUCCAGCUCGUCCCUGGCUCUCUCUCUCUCUCAGGUUCUGAUGUGUUUUCCAAGUCUGCAGAGCAGUGAUGCUGCCUGUGCCCCAGGCAGAAAACCGUGUUCCGGCUGCAGCCAACCACUGCAGGCUCAAUGUCUCUGGUGUAUCUCAGAGAUAAGCAGGUGGUGGUGUUCCUUGCUUAUCCCACAAGGGGACCCGGAAGGAAUGAUGGAGUCACUUCCCUCCACAGGCCUGACCCCAGUUCUCUUUCCUGGACACAGGAGGCAUACACAGAAUACCUGAGGACCAUCCACUAUAUCUCCCAGGCGUUACUGGAAGAAGUGGAAACCACUAAAGAAGCUAGGGAGACUGUGCCCCCGGACACCUCCAAGAUGCUGAAGCUAGCACAGCAGUGUCUGGAGAGGGCCCAGUCAACGGCCACCAAGCUUGGGAAAACACGCCUGAAGGCAACCAUGCCUGCCGCUGCUCCCAUCCCCCAGCCUGCCGGCAGACACCGCCGCGUCUACUCCGACGAGGGAGGGAAGCUCUCUCCUUUUCUGCCACCCGAGAUCUUCCAGAAGCUUCAGGGGGCAGAGUCACAAAGCUCUAAGAAAGAGCUGACGCCACUGGAGGAGGCCUCCCUGCAGAAUCAGAAGCUGAAGGCUGCGUAUGAGGCCCGAAUGGCCCGGCUAGACCCCAGCCAGGCCAUGCAGAAGACAUCCCUGACUCUCUCUCUACAGCGGCAGAUGAUGGAGAACCUAGUGAUCGCCAAAGCCCGGGAGGAGACACUCCAGAGAAAGAUGGAGGAGCGCCGGCUGCGGCUCCAGGAGGCCGCCAACAGGAGGUUUUGCAGCCAGGUCGCCUUGACCCCGGAGGAACGGGAGCAGCGGGCCCUUUACGCCGCCGUCCUGGAGUACGAGCAGGACCACGACUGGCCGAAGCACUGGAAGGCCAAGCUCAAGAGGAGCCCGGGGGACCUGUCACUCGUGACCAGCCUGGUCUCACACCUGCUCAGAUUGCCGGACAAGGACAGCUCAUUCGAGGACCUGGAGCAGUUCCUGGGGACGUCUGAGCGGCAGGGCCAGGGCCGUGGGGUGCAGCCGGAGCCCCAGCUGCAGCAGCUGAAGAGCGCGGUGGAGGAGAUCCACAACGCCAUCGACAGGCUGCUCUCGCUGACCCUUCUGGCCUUUGAAGGCCUAAACACAGCUGCCUCCAAGGACCGCUGCCUGGCAUGCAUUGAGGAGCCCUUUUUCUCCCCGCUGUGGCCUCUGCUGCUGGCCCUGUACAGGAGUGUGCACCGAGCCCGGGAGGCUGCCCUGAGCAGGAGCAUGGAGCUCUACAGGAAUGCACCCCCCACCGCCAUUGGCAUCCCCACCAAGCUCCUCCCCCAGAACCCUGAGGCCAAGGGGGCCACUGGCUACCCCUACUGCGCCGCGGCCCAGGAGCUUGGACUGCUGGUCCUGGAGAGCUGCCCCCAGAAGAAGCUGGAGUGCAUAGUGCGGACCCUGCGGGUCAUCUGUGUCUGCGCGGAAGACUACUGCCCCACGCCGGAGGCCACACCCCAGGCCGGGCCCCAGCCCAUCGCUGCAGCUGCCAUUGGUGCCGACGACCUGCUGCCCAUCCUGUCCUUCGUGGUGCUAAGGAGCGGCCUCCCUCAGCUGGUGUCAGAGUGCGCGGCCCUGGAGGAGUUCAUCCAUGAGGGGUACCUAAUCGGAGAGGAGGGCUACUGCCUGACAUCACUGCAGAGUGCCCUGAGCUACGUGGAGCUGCUGCCCCAGGGAGGCCUGGCCAAGUAGUAGAGCCAGACCCCAGGGCCCCUGCAGGGCCCGGCCUCGCCUCCCAGGGCCGUCUCUCCUGCACCUAGAGCCACGGGGUCUACUGAGGACCAUCCUGGAGCCUCACGCUGCUCUGCACACGGCGGGGGCUUGUCCACUGUGGUGUACUCUCCAGCUCUUGCCCCUUCCCCACCUCACAUCUAACCCUGGAGCUUGGGGUUGGCACCUCUGCCCCAAUAGAGUGGGGCUGAAUCAGCUCCAGGAGGAACCUGCUCACCUGUGCAGGCCUCAGAGAGGCCCCGAGAAGGGAAGCUGCGGGCUCCGGUGGGUGCGGGCUCAGCGAUGAGCAUCUGGCUGGGUUUGCUCAGCGCCUCACUGGGGCAGCUCCUGGGGAGCGUCAGGGAAGAGGGGUCCCUGAGCCAGCCAGCGGUGGAGACGGCAGUCCAGUUUCUGUCCCCUGUGACCCCUAGAAGGGGAGUUGUAGCCCCAUGAACUAGUUUCUUGUCUGGAUCAGGAACAAGGGCCGGCUGGUGCCUGGGGUGCACCUGGUGGGAGGCUGUGCUGUUUGCUGAUGGGCAGGGACAUCCCUGCGGGGUCCAGGGCUCUGAGCCCAGGACAUUCCCUGCCCCUUGCUCACCUUGUCUGUGGGCCGUGAACAUUCCGGGACCCUGGGCAUCUUCUCCAGGUCCGUGCAGCCCAAGGGUCAGCCCUCUUUAACUGUCACAUGCUGCCCCCACCCAGCCUGAAAUAAAGAGGUCACUGCUGUGC